CUUAGAUAUUUCAAUCUUCAACUAAAACCCCUGAAAGAAUAGCAGCAGCAGCAGCAGCACACCUCCUUUUCAAUGGCGUCUACAAGCGCAUUUUCCGCUCAAAUUUCUAACGUGCGCCUGAUAAAUGACAGAAAUGCCCCUACCUUCUCUUCCAUUCCCAUCUGUAAUAAACGAAAUAGUAACACGAGUGCAUUAGGUGGACAUUUUAUAUCAUGGCCUUGCAAGAAAAAUGCAUGCGAAAGAAGAUCUCUUCGUGUUUGUAGUUUAUUUGGAGGAAAAAAGGAUGAGAAGGGUGAUGACGCACCUUCAAAGGCAGGAAUUUUGGGAAACAUGCAAAACCUAUAUGAGACUGUUAAGAAGGCACAGAUGGUUGUCCAAGUUGAAGCAGUUCGUGUGCAGAAAGAACUUGCUGAAACUGAGUUUGAUGGUUACUGUGAAGGUGAGCUAAUCAAGGUAACACUUUCCGGAAACCAACAUCCUGUACGCACUGAAAUCACGGAGGCUGCAAUGGAGUUGGGGCCUGAUAAACUCUCUCUCCUGGUAACUGAGGCAUACAAGGACGCACACCAGAAGAGCGUUCAGGCCAUGAAGGAAAGAAUGAGUAACCUUGCCCAGUCACUGGGAAUGCCGCAGGGCCUCAGUGAUGGACUCAAAUGAUGACAGUAUUCCAUCGAUCUGGUUAUGAAGACAAGCUUCAGUUUUGUAUACUGCAAAGGUGAAAAGGUCAGUCGUCUUGAUCGUGCUGUUGUAGAAAUCACUCCUUUCCAAUCUAGGCAUGUUUAAGUUAGCAAAAGCGAAAAGAUUCAGAGCUCGGGCCUGUGCUUACAUCUUUGGGUUUCUGAAGAAAACAGGUAUCGAACAUUGUCUUUCUUUUUAAGAAAUAAUUUGAGAACGAUCCAAUCCCCCUAUGAGGUAA